CCAUGCGCGCCAAACUCCGUUUCCAAGUCUGUUAGGUAAAAUGAAAACAUGUUUUUCUUCGGAUUCAGCCAUUUUGGUCUCUGUUACGGAAUCCAUGGUCCAAAUCUUUGGCGUUACUACGGGCGCCUGUUUGCAGGAAUUUGCCCUAGAGGGCAAUGAGCAUCUACGACUACUGUCGUUUGAUCCGACCAAUGGCCGAAUUCUCACUACUAAAUCUGUCUUCUAUAAAACUGCCUCAUGGGAACAGUGGCAGACGUCUCCACGACUUGGCUACUCCUACGACCAUCGUGUGGACAAUGCCUUGGUUAACAGUGGCAUAUGGAUUCUAUUGGACGGGAAAAAGAGCUGCUAUGUGCCAAGUAACUUUAGGCCCGGCUUAAUAACCUGGCCUGGCAACACUACCAAUGUGGCCAUGACUGAUUCUCUAUUGGCAAUUCUGAACGAAUUGAGAGAUGUGGUUAUCAUCAAGUUUCCCACUCGGCGUGAGGUACGACAACAAGUAACUGGGACUUUUGACGUUGCCCUAACGCUUCGAGGUAUCGCUGGUAAUGUCGAUGGCUCUUAUUCGGUUGCUCACACCCUAUCAACGAGUAAUUCUGACUUGAGCAACGCUAAAAGAAAGAGAAGAGAAUCUGAUGAACCUGACGUUGGGAGUCAAGCGAAGACUUUAGGGGGCCGGAGAAGUUUUUGGUCAGUGAUUUAGUCACUGCUUUUGGCCCGAUAAUGAUUUUCCAGGGAAGAAGUGCUUGAGCCAUGACUAAGGGGGAAAGGAACAAUGCGAUAUUUAGUAACGUUGGAGUAGGGGGUUGCAAGAGCGAAAAGGAUAAGGAUUCUUCCAAAGAAUACUGUUCUACGUAGCGAGUAGAUGCA